AUUUAGUGCUAUACCAAUUGCUCAAGAAGUCUUCAUCCGAAUUCAUGGCCGGAUAAACUGUCUGAGGCUUUUUUUUUCCUUUCUUAUUCCAAACCAACUAACGAGCGUUAGCCUCCUCUUUCGCUCCCUCGGCGUGCACCGAAGAGCGGAAUUUGGACUCUUCCCUUUUCUACAUAAAUUCCAUCUACCAAGAGCCUCGUUCUUAUAGACCAUGGGCGAAGCACCCGCAUCCACCCGUCUCUCCUUUGCCAUCGAAGAGGCCCAUGGCUUCCCUCCCAAGGACCCGGCUCUCGCCGAUGCUGGCGCCACCUUCGUGCUCGAGUCCAAAGGGACUUGGUGGCAUGCAGGCUUUCAUCUCACGACGGCCAUCGUCGGUCCGACGAUACUGACGCUGCCGUAUGCUUUAAGGGGUAUGGGAUGGAUUCUGGGGCUGGUGUCGCUGACCACGGCGGCGGCCGUGACGUUCUACGCCUAUCUUCUCAUGUCCAAGGUUCUUGAUCACUGCGAGAGGCAAGGCCGCCGGCAUAUUCGAUUCCGGGAACUCGCAUCCGAUGUCUUGGGAUCUGGAUGGGUGUUUUACUUUGUUGUGAGCGUGCAAGCAACCAUCAAUACUGGAGUUGGGAUUGGGUGCUUAUUGCUUGCAGGGGAAUGCCUCAAGAUCAUGUACUUGGAUGUGUAUCCCGAUGGCCACCUCAAACUUUAUCAUUUCAUCAUGAUGGUUGCAGCAGUGCUAAUCCUCCUCUCUCAGCUGCCAUCUUUCCACUCUCUCCGGUACAUUAACCUGGCCUCGCUUCUUUUAAGCUUGGGCUACACUCUACUCGUGGUCAUUGGCUGCAUCCGUGCAGGUUACUCAAAUAAUGCCCCUCCAAAGGACUAUUCACUGGCAUCAUCCAAGUCCGACCGAUCUUUCAAUGCCUUCACAUCCAUUUCAAUCUUGGCUUCGGUUCUUGGCAAUGGGAUAUUGCCAGAAAUUCAGGCUACGUUGGCACCUCCGGCAACAGGGAAGAUGGUGAAAGGGCUCAUACUAUGUUAUUCUGUCAUAUCCAUAACCUUCUACUCAGCAGCAGUGUCUGGAUACUGGGCAUUCGGGAACAAAGUUAGCUCCAAUGUCCUCAAGAGCCUAAUGCCAGACAAGGGACCUUCUCUGGCUCCUACAUGGCUGCUCGGACUUGCUGUUAUCUUUGCACUACUCCAGUUGCUUGCUAUUGGCUUGGUCUACUCCCAAGUAGCUUACGAGAUCAUGGAGAAGAACUCAGCCGACGUGACCGAGGGGAAGUUCUCCAAAAGGAACCUGGUCCCCAGAAUAAUUCUACGAACACUGUACAUGUCCUUCUGUGCAUUCAUGGCUGCAAUGCUUCCCUUCUUUGGUGACAUUGUUGGAGUCGUAGGUGCCAUCGGUUUUAUUCCCCUUGAUUUCAUACUCCCUAUGCUUCUAUACAACAUGGCUCUCAAUCCUCCGAGGCACUCGCUCAUCUACUGGUUCAACAUCGCCAUCAUGGUUGUCUUCACUGGAGUUGGUAUCAUGGGUGCAUUUUCCUCCAUAAGGAAGCUGGUUCUUGAUGCCAACCAAUUCAAGCUCUUCAGUAAUGAUGUGGUGGAGUAAUCCAUCUAUAUAGGCCUCAUAUUUGCAUGCCCGUCAACCUUUAGUGUUUAUAAUCCAUGUAGCAUUUGUCAACAAACACUUGUUUGUAAAUAUGUAGCUGCCUUGCUAAACA